ACGAGUGGGGGAGAAAGAGAUCAAUUGUUAGUCGUGGCCAAUUGCGACUGUUUUGUUGGGCAUCACUGUCCACGGGAUGGUUUCAUGUUGUGGCUCGUGCGUCACCCCGGAACCGUGGAAAGGAAAAGUAGGACUGUAACUGGACUCAAAGUCUCCCUACCCUGCGGCAAAGCGACCAAGAUGCGGUUGCAGAAGCACCUGUGAUCGGAUUUCCCACAACUUUUAAUUUAGGCAUAAUUAUUUUGAAGUAUAACCAGAGCAUAAACAACUCUCCGAAGUGUCACCUGAAAAGCUACUAUGACCUCCAAAGAGCCCACGGUUAUGGAGGACCGGAGACGCAGUGCGCUGAACCAGCUCCCGCCGCCGGCCAACUCCAGCAAGCCCCUGACGCCGUUCAGUAUAGAGGACAUCCUGAACAAGCCCUCGGUGAAGAGAAGUUACUCCAGCUGCGGGACGGCGCACAUGCUCUCCUGCAGCGAGAAGCUGUCCUCUUCGGGUCACAGUCUGUGCAGCCGUGCCUUUUUCACCCAAACCUCCCCACUCUGCGCUCUGGAGGAGCUAGCCAGCAAAACGUUCAAAGGCCUCGAAGUCAGUGUUCUUCAAGCGGCAGAGGGGCGAGACGGCACGACACUAUUCGGUUCGCGGAAUAACCCCAAAAAGCGCCGGAAGUCUCGCACGGCCUUCACCAACCACCAGAUCUACGAGUUGGAGAAGCGAUUCUUGUACCAGAAGUACCUGAGUCCAGCUGACCGUGACCAGAUAGCACAGCAGCUCGGCCUCACCAAUGCACAGGUCAUCACCUGGUUCCAAAACCGGCGCGCUAAACUCAAACGCGACCUGGAGGAGAUGAAGGCGGACGUGGAGUCGGCCAAAGCCGUGGGCACAGUGUCUUUCGAGAAAAUGGCCAAACUAGCCGAGCUGGAGAAAUGCGCAGCGAACGGCGCGCUGGGCCCUAACAGAGCCGAGUCACCUUCGCUAUUGAAUCAUGAGCAUGACACAUCUAACAAACUAUUAUUGUCCUCGCCUUCAUCGCCAUAUACAGACCAUGCUAGCAGUAAGAGCUGCUCCGACGAUGAGGAGAUUGACGUGGAUGACUGAGGAUUUUACCUUUGUAUCUAUCUCCCUCUUACCACGACGAAAGUUUGAAGUGCCAUUAAUGCACCACAUGUACUCAUGGACUGUGUCGUCAGCAACGACAGACAGUUGUUGUAUUCAUCCAUUCAUUUAACCAACGUGGAAUAGUUUAAAGAAAAGCAAUAUGUACACUUAACCUAUCCACAAAAUAUCUGUCCACACACACACACGCACACGCACGCACACACACACACACACACACAGUCUUACCAUUACGGGCUAAUAACACUAGCUGGUAACUCAACCUAUGAAUUAUUUGAAUGCAUGUUUUAUUUUAAACGACUGUAAUGGUUUGAAUUUUAUAGGGACAUACAUAUUGAAAUACACAAAACAUACUCUAUGUUAGGCUGUGUGUGUGUGUUUUAACUAGGCCUACAUAUGUCAAACGUUUGAUAACGAUGGGAAUACAUCUUCUAAAAUAAUAAUCAAAGAUAAAUCAUAUUUCACCUGGUUGCUUGCAAUAUCAGUCACAUUUUAAUAUAUUUAUAAUGGUUUGUAAACCUGUAAGUGCCUUUUAAUGCCAGAACACCAUUUACAACCUAAUGUAGGCAUAUGAAGUGUAAUGUAUUCCAAAAUAAAACAUUUCGUUUCUCACUA